AUGGCCGCGGUUGGUGGCACAGUCCUAGUGGAGUUCAAGCAGUACACUCCUGGCUCACGAUGGAGGCGGACGAUGAUAAAUAGGAAGGACCAUCAAGAAGCAGGCAAUGAAGCAUAUGGCUAUUAUGGAGGAAUCAGAAAGCUUUACACCGAAGUAGAGAUCUCAAUUUGGAAGCAGUUCUGGCCAAUGCAGUUCUUGAAAUAG